AAAGAGUGGUUGCUGACCAACUUCAACAACACCUGGACAAAUGCAACCUUCAUGAACCGUUCCAAUCGGGUUUCCGCUCAAAGCACAGCACCGAAACAGCGCUGGUAAAAAUCUCCAACGACCUCCUCCGUGCAGCUGAAUCUGGACUGCUCACCAUCCUAAUCCUCCUUGACCUCACAGCUGCCUUUGACACCAUCUCACACCCACUGCUUAUCAAACGUUUGGCAGACAUUGGACUGGUCUACAUUUCCAGCAAACCCAACACUGCCCUCCCCCCAACCUCUCUCACCAACUGCCUCCAGGACAUCAGGAACUGGAUGAGCAGGAACUUUCUAAAACUCAACGGCAGCAAAACCGAAGCCCUGCUGGUUGGCACCAAAACCACCCUCUCCAAAACCUCAUCCUCCCCUGCCUCCAACCUCAUCAUUGAUGGCUACUCCAUCCCCUUCUCUGGCCAAACGGACUGCUCCAGCGACAGCGAGAGUGAGGACAACUUCAUAGUGGUCCCCCCUCGAGACCACCUGGGCCUGGCCAUCUUCUCCAUGCUGUGCUGUUUCUGGCCCCUGGGAAUCGCAGCAUUUUACUUCUCACAGGGGACCACCAAGGCAGUGAACAAAGGUGACUUCCCACUGGCCAACAUCGCCUCCAGACGCGCUUUGUUCCUCGCUGCCCUCUCCAUCACUAUAGGCACCGGUGUGUAUGUGGGGGUGGUGGUUGCUCUCAUUGCCUACCUUUCUAAACCAGGACACAUAUAGCAGUGGCACCCUCCCUACAAUACAUCUCCGGGGAAACAUGGAAGAGAAUAACCCCCCUCAUGGGAACGCCGUUACUCCUGCAGACUUUGAGGAAAAGUUUGUUUCGGGGAUGUACAGUUUUCCCCUUCCAGCUUCCCUUCUUUCCGUCUUUCUCUCCCUUCAGGCCAUCUGUCAGCAAAGAUUAGCCACAGUGACUGGAGAGAGGUCAAGCUGGAGGGGGAGAAGAAGGGGAAUUGGGGAUAGACAGCAUUUUUUUUCGUUGUGGCAGUUUGAGUAAUGGUUCCAUGUUGGAGUCAAGUUUGCAUCCCAUCAACUUAAACCCCUGUUGGCUUCAUCCUUUUUCGGCUGGUUUUUAACUUCCUGGACUCCUAAAGACACAUCAAGAAGAUAACACUUGGAAGAUCACAUUGCACACUUAAUGAGUACAAAAAAUUGAACUUGAGGAGGGUUAAAAGAUUGACACAAACCGCUCUUAAACUAACUUUAUGUUGUGAUUUUUUGAGUUAAAAAUAAGAGCCUCUCUAGUGUACUGUCAUCUUUGUUUACCACCCAGGACUGUCUUUAAUAGACCAAGAGCUGCCCUCAUUGGCUCAGAAGUACCAAGGCUGUGUUGGUCACUUGGCUGACUGACCCGCAGUAGAUUGCUCACAUUUUCUCGAAUUGUGACAAAGGAGGGCUUCAUUUACAGAGAAACUUCAGAAAAAAAUAAAGAACAUCUCAUUUUAAUCAGAGAAAGAGCCCUGCGGGGAAAAAAAGAGAUCAGAGGCGACUCAUUGAACAAUACAGCAUGAGUUACAAGGAUCUCAAUGGAGCCUCGGGCCUAUACUAAACCUCUGAGAAGGUGUCCAUCCAUCAAACAAAGGCCCUGAAAUCUAACAAAAGCUGUUCAUGCCAGAUAAGGUUUGCCUACAUACAUGCAAAUGUGCUUUGUUUUUAUGUUGGUCUUUUUUUUUUUUGUCUUUCUAGAGGCACCUUGAUGACAUGCGAGGUGGCCAUAUGGUCAGAAAUUCAGGGGGAAACGUUGCACAGUGUCUCCCAAAAACGCUGCUCCUGGUGAGGGAACGCAAAAUGAAACAUCAGCCGUUAACAAUGGGCAGGAAGUUAUAAAUCAGGUAGAUAAUGUCAUUAAAAGGCAGGCCUUGCGUUUCCUCCAGGGCUGAGCGUAUAAACAGAGUGCGUUGGUCUGACAGCUUUGAAUUUAGCUGUGAUCAAUUAUUCUUUGCAUGACUCGAGCUAUGCCAGCAGUAUACUGCAACGCAUGAUUGAUUGGAUUAAGAACUUGUUUUUGUCACAUCAUAAAAAAAAGCCUAAAUUAAAAUUGAUCAGGCGGUGAAAGGGGCUCAUAUUUUGUGCAAAGCUCAACAUUCCCCAAUGCAGCUAUUAAUAAGAAGGACAUUUCAUAGUAACAAUGCUCCGAGACACUUUGUUCCUUCUUAAUUUCAAGAGCUAUUACUCUUAAAGACAGGUUUAAAGACAGACACGCGACAGACAAUUUCACUGAUUUUCUUUGUAUGAAGGGCUCAUUAAUAACAGCGAUUUUAGUUUGUGUUUUUAUUUCCUACAUUCAGGCAGAUGGUAGUUCAAUCCUCCAGAGAAGACAUUAUACACUUUGUUUCUCUGCACAGGUCAUGCAUUAGUCAUACCUGACAUUUAUGGUGCACAAUUAUCUCCCUGUAAUGGCUUUUAUUUUUUUAAGGAAUGUCUAUUGUCUGGAGCAUAACCCUAAAAUAGCACAACCACAUUAAUUCCACUAAUAAGCCACUUUUGGCGUCGCUGGUUGCUGUCAAACCCUGCAAGUAAACAAUCCAUUUAGGUAUCCUCGCCUCUGUGAACAUGUGAAAACAACCAUGUAAGUCUGCUCUGCUGUGCUAAUGAAGAGUGAAUAUUACCUGUAUGCUCCACGAGGGGAAUAUUCCAACACGCUUUGCUUGAAUAAAACUGUGGUAGGCUCCCAAGACUUUUCUUUGAAUGUUAUUGUUGGCUGCGUGUAUGAAUAAACAUUGAGGCAGUCGGAUAAUGACAAGCUGAAUGCUGGUUCAUUUCGUUCGGGGCCCCUUGGAAUCAGCUCAUUGAGUUUCUAUUCAUCUGAAAAGCUGGUUAUUACACUGUAAAUGUUUGACCUCUGACCCAUUUGAUGAGCUACUGAUUCUACACCAAUGUACGCACACAUCAUGACCAUCACUGUAACUAUACUGAAAGACUGUCCGUCCGUUCCAUCUCUUGGAGAAGGUUUUAUUGCUGAUAACGAUGUACAUGCUUUGUGUUAUGUAGCGUAUCAUUCAAAAAUGAUGUGUUUUUAUCUGGCUUCUUUGGCAACCUGGUAUUGUGCAAUGUGUUACAACAGUACGUGGGUUUCAAUGCUGUUGCUAUUUCCUUCUCAUUGUGAUCCGCACAACAAAGACAUUUGCUGAAUGCAUUCCUCAACGCCAGGGUGAUAAUGCUCUCUCUGUGUCGUGCCCUAAAGCAAUUAAAGAAGAUUACAUUUUUGUA